GUGAGUUGAAGGAGUAAACGGCGCCAGAUAAAGUCAUCAACCAAGGACAAUGUACCACGGUAGCCUAGGCUCCAAUACCGCAUGGUGAGAUUAUUCUUCUUUGAACUCGACAGUCUACGUGAUAAAGCAGGAGAAGAUCACCUCUGAACGGUUUAUACAGAUCUUAUAUAUCUAAACUCUCGAAACAGAGCAAAUCUCGUUUUUAGUAUUAGGAUUGACGUUAGCAAUUUUUAUUAAUCGAAAAAAAAAAUAAGUAAAUAAAAAAAUCUCAUAAUCGACAUGAAUUGUUCUAUUGGCGAAGCUGAAGACAUGGUUUUGACAACUUCAACCAAUCCUAAGAAGAAAGAAAAAGAUAACUCCAACCUUAGUUUAAUCUCCAGAUGCUCUUCUACAGACAGUGAACAAGGAGGACAGGAACCAGGAUGUUCCACACGCCUACUUGAGUCGGAUAAUUAUCAACCAUUUGUCAUUCACCUACCGCAAAGCAGACAAAGUACCUCCGCUGACACAGAUUCUAAUUAUUCCUUACGAACUCGAAAGUCUUCUCUUAACAACUGUCCUUUAGAUGUUUUGUUUUUCCACUGGAACUGGGCCGGACUGCGAUUAGGGUGUUUCGUAGUGUUCGUAUGUGUUCUUGUUGGAAUGUUCUGUGUUGUGCUGAGGUCAGUAACCUCCCAGACGUCUCAUUGUGUCCCAGCUAGAGGAUGGUGGCAGGGCACUGUGUCCUAUGAAAUUUUUCCGGCCUCCUUUCAAGAUUCUGACGGCGACGGAUUCGGGGACUUUGCUGGGCUACGCUGGAGACUGGAUUACGUACAGAAACAAAACGUGGCAUCAGUACGUUUGAAUUCAAUUUUCAGUGCGUUAGACUACCCUCUGGAGUACACACACGUUAUCGACUUCAAGAACGUUGAUCCUCAUCUAGGCAGAAUUUCAGAUUUUGAGGAGCUCGUGCAAGACAUUCAUGCACGUGGUUUACACGUGAUAUUGGACAUUAACCCGACACUUACCAGCGACCAGCAUCCAUGGGCAGCUCACUGGCAACAGAACAAAAGUGGUGAAUACCAGCAUUUUUAUAUUGAAGUCAACGAGAGUAAGGGGAAGCUGAUGGAUACUCGUGAAAACCUGGUAGAUGAAAAAGAAAACCCCAACAGACCGUUUGGAGGACAAUUGUUUUUAAACUGGUCCCAUCAGGAAGUUCAAAGGAAAAUGAACUCUGCUUUCGAGUUUUGGUUGCAGAAAGGUGUGGACGGUUUUUAUAUUAAAGAUUUAGAACUCCUUCAAGUUGGGCUUGAGAGAGACUUAUAUAUCGUAAUGAAACACUGGCGUAUUCUCCUGGACAAAUACAGUUCGGACACGAAGAAAAAUAUAUUACUUGUUUCCUUUCCUUUUUUACAAACCCUGAAAGAAACAAGGUCACGAUUUCUGAGGUCUCUGUUAAACUUUUGUGAUAUCAUUGAUUUUCAACUCAAUUUUAAUCUAUCGAACCCGUUGGAUCUUAAAGUGCAGUUAAACGUAGCAGAUGAAUGGAGCGCCCUCUCACCAUCGUCCUGGGUUAACUGGCAUCUAGGUAGCGCUGAAACAACGAGGCUGAGUACGAGAUUAGAUGCAAAUUAUACCUUGAGUACGAUGCUUUUACUGCUGGUGUUACCUGGGUCAAUUUCACUAUUCUAUGGGGACGAGAUUAACCUCCGGGACUCCUUAGAUAUCCUCACUGGAAAGGGCUACAGAGAGGGUCAAUUGUGUCCCAUGCAGUGGACUUCAUCUACGGAGUCUAACUUCACAAAAAACGGAACCCCACCUUGGCUACCCAUUAAUCCUGAGUUUUCGAGUCAAAAUGUUGAGGAGCGAUCGGCAGAAAUUUCACUAAUAAGUCAAUUGAUAGCACUGAGAAACAAAUCACCCUCCUUGUGGAUGAAAGCCAUCUACGAUGGUAAGAGUGCUGUUUGUGAUGGAAGACCAUUUACCUACGUUCUUCACCCUGGUCACGGAAGUGUGGUUAUAUUAGAAAGAUAUUUCCCAACUAAGGAAAGAUAUGUGGUCGGUGUCAAUCUUGAGAGAAAACCAGUGACGAUAGAUUUUACCGAAUUCGUUUCGGAAGCCCACAUACUGUUUUCUACUAACAAAGAGAUUGGAGAGAAGCCUUUCAAAGAAUGGAACGUUCAGAAUGUUUCUUUAAAUCUUGGUGAUGUUUUCGUUGCCGAAACGAAUGAUUAGGCGAUGUUACAAAAUGGAUUCUCGCGAAAGAUUCAUUACGUUGGUAACUUAUCAUCCUCUGUACUGAUAAAUGUUAAACAUUGUAGAGGUAACUUAAUUGCUAUUAAA